AUGAAAAUAGGCAGCGGGAUAGAGGAAAAGGAUCCCAUUAAUGCCCAUAGUGAGGAAGAUGCUGCUGAGGAUUAUGAUAAAAGAGCUCAGUCAAAAGAAGUGGAUCCAGCCGAAUAUUGGACUAUUGCAUACGAGAGUGUUCAGGCACAGGACAUGCAUGUGCAGGAAACCAGGCUGUGUGGUAGUGCCAUAGGAAGUGAUGAUAUCAUAGCGGGGAACGUGAGCAAGUACACUGUUCUCCCAGCUGGUUAUUGUGGACAGCUUAAAAAAGGACAUCUUAUAUUUGAUGCCUGUUUUGAAAGUGGUAACCUUGGACGGGUGGACCACAUCACAGAGUUCGAGUAUGACCUGUUCAUUAGACCAGAUACGUGUAACCCACGCUUUCGAGUUUGGUUCAACUUCACUGUUGAAAAUGUAAAAGAAUCACAGAGAGUAAUUUUCAAUGUUGUCAACUUCAGUAAAACAAAAAGCCUCUAUAGAGAUGGGAUGGCUCCAAUGGUGAAAUCCACAAGCAGACCAAAAUGGCAAAGAAUACCCUCUAAAAAUGUGUAUUACUAUCGCUGCCCAGACCACAGGAAGAACUAUGUCAUGUCAUUUGCUUUUUGCUUUGACCGAGAGGAUGACACUUACCAAUUUGCUUACUGCUACCCCUACACUUACACUCGCCUUCAGCACUAUCUUGACAACCUACAAAGGAGGAACAUGGACUACUUUUGCAGAGAAUUGCUAGGACUCAGUGUGCAGAAACGGCAGCUUGACCUCCUGACAAUAACCAGCCCUGCGAACCUGCAUCCAGGAGCUGAACAGAAAGUGGUGUUCAUCACUGCACGAGUCCACCCUGGGGAAACACCAUCUUCCUUUGUGUGCCAAGGUAUAAUUGAUUUCCUUGUGAGCCAGCAUCCUAUUGCAAAAGUACUGAGAGACCACCUGGUCUUCAAGAUUGCACCCAUGCUCAAUCCUGAUGGAGUAUACCUAGGAAAUUACAGGUGCUCCCUGAUGGGGUUUGAUUUAAACCGGCACUGGGCAAAUCCAUCUCCUUGGGCUCAUCCCACACUGCACGGAGUGAAACAGCUCAUCAUUGAGAUGUACAACAAUCCGAAGAUUAACCUGGAGUUCUAUAUUGACAUCCAUGCCCACUCCACCAUGAUGAAUGGCUUCAUGUAUGGGAACAUCUUUGAAGAUGAGGAAAGAUUUCAGCGACAGGCUGUUUUUCCCAAGCUCCUCUGUCAGAAUGCCGAAGACUUCUCUUAUUCCAGUACAUCGUUCAACAGAGAUGCUGUGAAAGCAGGGACAGGCCGGCGUUUUCUUGGUGGGCUGUUAAAUGAUACAUCCUACUGCUACACUCUGGAAGUCUCAUUCUACAGCUACAUAUUGGGUGGACCUACGUCUGCUGUCCCCUACACAGAAGAAGCAUAUAUGAAGCUUGGAAGAAAUGUGGCCAGGACGUUCUUGGAUUACUACAGGCUGAACACCUUGUUGGAGAGACCACUAGCACCUACUCCUAAAACUGGGAAAGAAAAACUGCCGCUUUUUAAAUGCACUACCCAGCGGGGCCAAGGGAACAGCCAUGCUGGCGGCAAGCCAGAGAAGAGGAGCCAGGCGCAUCUGAAGGACCAGUCUCUCUCCAUGCGAUGA